CAAUAAAAAUCGUCAAAUAAUACAAUUAUUAUACUUUAAAUUUACUGUUUGUAACACUAUGGAUGUUCUCAAAGCAGAGAUUGCUCGUAAGCGAAAGUUAUUGGAAGAAAAAAAGCUAGUUGAUGAAAAAAAGAAAUUCUUUAAACGAGGUGACUUGCUUGCCCAGGAGCUAGAAGAAUAUCGGGAAAAAUAUGGUCAGCAAGCGAGCGGAAGUGGUGAAGCGGCAGCUUCGGCAAAUGAUGGCGAUCAAUCUCCGACCAAAGAUUCAAAGUACGAUUUCCGGAAUCUUCCGCGAACGGAGGUAAUUCGCAAACUGCGUGAGCGCGGGGAACCAAUUCUGCUGUUUGGAGAAAGCGAGUUAGAUUCGUGCAAUAGAUUACACCAGCUGGAGAUAUCGGCACCGGAAAUUAAUAGAGGGUUCCGCAACGACUUCCAGGAAGCCAUGGAACAAGUAGACGAAGCUUUUUUGAACGAAAUUUUAACGUCGAAUGGACAGCUGGGUGGAAUGAGCAAGAGCAAAAGUUCAAACGAGGAUUUUGCAGUAGACGACUCAGUUACGUAUGAGUCGAUCCAAGAAAUGGCAGUUCGUCUAGGACGAAGCGGAAAAGAACACGACAUGCACGUGAUAACGACUGUUAUACAGUUUGUUUUGAAAAUGUGGAACGAUAACUUGAACUCAGGAACAACCGCAGAACGAACAGCCACAAAAUGGAAAAUUGCCAGGGCAACCUUUGAGCAAACACGUCUCUAUUUAAAACCAUUGCUACGAAAGCUACGUAAUAAAACUAUUCCGGAGGAUAUUCUAGACAGUUUGACGGAUAUCACGAAAAGUUUACUGCGAAGAGAUUACAUCAGCGCCAGCGAUGCGUACCUGACGAUGGCGAUUGGCAAUGCACCCUGGCCGAUCGGUGUUACCAUGGUCGGUAUUCACGCUCGAACGGGUCGGGAGAAGAUUUUCUCGAAAAAUGUUGCCCACGUGAUGAACGACGAAACGCAGCGAAAGUACAUUCAGGGCCUGAAGCGUCUGAUGACGAAGAUGCAGGAUUAUUUCCCUACGAAUCCGUCGCGAUGUGUUGAAUAUGUUAGCAAAAAGGAUGCGUGGGUCGAGCAGUAAUCUAUUUAAGGUUUUUUUUUUGGUAAGAUCAUUUAUUUUUAACAUCAAAU